GUCGUUAUUUCGGCUCUUGACGCUGCCUUUUUGUGCUGUUCCGUUUCUGAUUCUGAAAUGUCCGGCCGCGGCAAGCAGGGCGGUAAGGCGCGGGCAAAGGCCAAGUCGCGCUCAUCUCGCGCCGGGCUGCAGUUUCCCGUGGGCCGUGUCCACCGGCUGCUGCGGAAGGGUAAUUAUUCGGAGCGCGUCGGUGCCGGUGCCCCGGUGUAUUUGGCGGCGGUGCUCGAGUACCUGACGGCCGAGAUCCUGGAGCUGGCGGGGAACGCGGCCCGCGACAACAAGAAGACGCGGAUCAUCCCGCGCCACCUGCAGCUGGCCAUCCGCAACGACGAGGAGCUCAACAAGCUGCUGGGCCGCGUGACCAUCGCCCAGGGCGGCGUCCUGCCCAACAUCCAGGCCGUGCUGCUCCCCAAGAAGACGGAGAGCCACCACAAGGCCAAGGGCAAGUGAGGCCACGGAGGCCGGUCCGCACCGCGCCCCGAAAGCCCUGUGACACCAAAGGCUCUUUUCAGAGCCACCCACGGCUUCAAAAAGAAAGAGCUGUACUCAGCCUGCUGGGGGGGGGGGGGGC